ACGUGAGAACUAUCUCCUCUUUGUAAUUUUCAUCCUCCUGUUUGUUUCUCGAGAAAGAAAGAAGGAAUCGCGAGAAAAAAGAAAAACUCAGGAUAAUUCAGAGUUUUAACCAUUAUCAAAUUCCUAUUCUAUUCCCUUUUGCCUUGGUUGCUAUUUUUCUUUCCUCGGCGAUAACAUGGAUCGUUGAGCUGCGCUAUAUUGUUAGCUGUUGUCACAGGUAGUCUUGGUUGUUUCUGUUCACACUGAACUUGGAAUUUGGUGUUGGUUCAGCUGAAACAGGAAAUGGUUAACAGGUAUGGAGUGUUUUGAUGUCCUGGAAAUAUCAUGUUGCAGUGCAUAGAGGGAUUAAAGCAUUUAUUUGCUUCCCUUCUGCGGUGUUGUGAUAUUGAUUUGUACAAGCAAUCAAGAGGCCUAGAAGAUCCUGAAAUACUUGCGCGAGAGACAGUUUUCACUGUGAGUGAAAUUGAGGCCCUUUAUGAGCUCUUCAAGAAAAUCAGUAGUGCAGUGAUUGAUGAUGGGCUAAUUAACAAGGAGGAGUUUCAAUUGGCAUUAUUCAAGACAAAUAAAAAAGAGAGCUUGUUUGCUGAUCGGGUUUUUGAUUUAUUUGAUACAAAGCACAAUGGGAUACUAGGAUUCGAAGAGUUUGCUCGAGCACUCUCUGUUUUUCAUCCCAACGCACCAAUAGAGGAUAAGAUUGAAUUUUCUUUUCAACUCUAUGAUCUCAAGCAGCAAGGUUUCAUUGAGAGACAGGAGGUAAAACAAAUGGUCGUAGCUACACUUGCUGAAUCUGGAAUGAACCUUUCGGAUGAUGUGAUAGAGAGUAUAAUUGACAAGACCUUUGAGGAAGCCGACACGAAACAUGACGGGAGGAUUGACAAGGAAGAGUGGAGAAGCCUUGUUCUUCGACAUCCAUCCCUUCUGAAGAAUAUGACCCUUCAAUACCUCAAGUGAGUCCCAAAUGAAUACUUUG